AUGGCGGCCCUGACGCCUGAGGAGCUGGCUGUGGCCAUGGACUAUCCAGGUCGGGACUUCCAUGCGCUCGUCGCCGCUGCGCUGCCGAGGCAAGCAGAGGUAUGGGAGCCCAUGAGGACAGGAAGCUCAACAGCUAGUAAGCUCUGGCUCUCGGGCGAAGACGCCGAAGCCGAAGCAGAUGAAGUCCCACUGCACGAAGUGCUGAGCCAGGCGGAGGUGCCCGGACCCGUCGGGGACCUUCCGAGCAUGAAGGGCCUCGUGUCCGCGGCGCGGCUCCUGACCCAGGCCAAGGUUGCCGGAGGAGCCUCCGGCGAGAUUUCCGAUACCUUCGCCUUGUCCGCGCUGUCUCUUCUGGGCGGAAAGGCCCUGCGCGAGCUGAACGAAAGCUGCGCCAAGAACGAGACCAAGGGCUGGGCCGCAUCCCUGCUCCGCAGUGCGGCGGGCGCCUUCCGCGCACUGCCGGCGGAGCGCUCCGUGGUCUUCCGAACGGUGCGACUGUCGGGGGAGUCCCUGGCAGCCUAUAGGCCGGCCGGUAAAGAAGGCGUCAGGGGCGAUGAGUGGUGUUCAGGAUGUGGCGCGUUGGGUGUAGGAGAGCAUGGGUCGUGCUUGCCACUCAUGCGAGGAAACUACGAUCACCCCGUGAUUGUGACCUUCGAAACCUUCGGAGCAAUCGACACGGAGUUCCCAGGCGUUUUCCAGGAAGACGCCUGGAAGAAGUCCAGCGAGGUACAAUACCGGGCGAUGCGCGACAGCGUCAGCCUCUUGCGGCCCAUCCAACUCGGCAUCGCAGUCGGCUCUCCCUGUGGAGCUGUUCGGGGCGUGUGGACCUUUAACCUCCGCUUCGACCUGAGUACUGAUUUGCACCGGGAAUCUGCCGUUCGCUUCUUGACGGAGGCCGGUGUAAACUUCGAGCAGCACGCCAAGGAUGGCAUCAACCCACAUGUCUUGGGCAACGCCCUCCGGGCCUCGUUCUCGCAGGCUACCUGGCUCACCUUCGCGGGGCUCUACGAUCUGGGCUACCUGCUCCUACUCUCCCUCGGGGGCAGUCUGCCCGAGGCGCGUGACGAGUUUCAAGAGAUGCUCUUGGCGAGCAGCGCCGGAAAUGUGGAUCUUCGUGAUUGGCUUCCCUUCGGGUCCUUGAGUCACCUUGCCCGAGAGCACGGGGUGCCGCGGCAGGGCCUUGCGCACACGGCCGGCAGCGAUGCACUCCUCACCCUGCAGCUCUUUCAGAGUCUGCAAGGCCACAGUUCCGACGAAGACCUGUCCCAAGAGGAGGGCAUUCAUGGACCUCGGGCGGGAGUAUGGACUGAGAGUCAAGGAGGCUUUGAAUCGCUCCCGGCCUCGCGACCCUUGCCGCCCUUCGAGUGGGGCCGAGCGGCACGCGGCAUUCUGAAGGCCCCGCAGCCCGUCCCUCCGCGUGAGAGCGUGGCCCCUGCAUCCUGUUGGGGCCCAGCCGCGCGCUCCGCUGUGGAGUCUCGGCUCAGCACCUGCUGUGCCUGA